AUGCAUCUAAAAAAAAGGAAGAGUGAAGGUUUUUAUGGUGGUUCAGUUCCUGGUUCAUCUUCAUUUGGUUCUAGUAUCUCUUCCGGUCAUCGUGUUGGAUUCAAAAAGCUCUUAUCGGAUAUUGCUUUUAUUACUAGAGAUGAUGAUGAAUCAGGAGGUAUGAGUGAGUUGGAUAACUACUUGAAGGAGAAAUUGUUGCCUAAAGAUAUGGAACUUGAUUUGUUGGCAUGGUGGAAAACAAAUAGGAUUAAGUACCCGACACUACAAAGGAUAGCUAAAGAUAUAUUAGCUAUUCCUGUUUCCACUGUUGCCUCGGAAUCAGCUUUCAGCACUAGUGGAAGAUUAGUAAGUCCUCAUCGUAGUCGACUUCAUCCAAAGUCGUUGGAGGCUUUAAUGUGUGCUCAAAGUUGGUUGUUGAAUGAAAUUCGAGUAACUUGUUCUGAAGAGACCGAGGCAUAUUGUCGUUCUGUUGAAUUUGAUUAUGAUGUGGAAGAGGAAAACACUAAAGAAAGCGGGACAACAAGUUUGGAUGAUUUUGUUUGA